CAUAAUGUUUUAUUACCGCGCCCACGUGACCGCCCCGUCCCCUUUUCCUAAGGGCGCGCGCCUGAGCCCGGAGGAGCGCUCGGCGCAACGUCGGGAUCUGCAAGGGCGCUCGCGGCUGUGCACAGUCUCCCGUUGAAAAGCAAUCCCAGGUUGUUUCCCCCGCCCCUUAUUUUUCCCUCCUACUGCUUGGCACAGUGCGGACCAUGGCGGCCGCUACCAGCAGCGGCUCGGCCACGGCCGCUCUGCAGCUGAAGCACUCCGGCGGCGAGCAUGCACGGAAGCGCAUCGAUCCCCGCAGGAGACAAGCGGCUCUCUCCUUCCUCAGCAACAUCUCGCUGGACGGGCGGCCGGUGCAGGACGACGGCGAGAACCUGGGGGACGAGGGAAGUUCAGUGGAGGCCAGGACUAGACAGAGCCUAGCGAUGCAUCCGGCUGGCGCUUCGGCCCAGGCGUUCGUCGGUGCCAACCAGGCUCUCAUGCUCGGCGCCCGGGCUAGUUUCGGGGUGAAUCCCGUCGGCAGUCCGCCGCCUUGCGUCACCCCGGAGGGCAUCGCGUUCGGUCGCGUACAGUCCGUCUUUGGUGCUCCGUACCCGGCCGUGUCGGCAGCAACUAGAGGGAGGCUCCAGACUUUCACUCAGGGAUUUGCGCCUGCCACCUUCUCCAGGCAAGCCGCCCAGAGCUACUGCUGCAUGGAGGGCGGACAGAUCGUUGGUUCCGCUCUGGACCUGCAGAGAUCCAGGCGAAGGCUAAUCUCCCAGCGUUCCUCACUGGAGACUCUGGAGGACAUUGAGGAGAACGCUCCCCUCCGCAGGUGUCGAACCCUGUCGGGUUCACCCAGACCAAAGAGCUUCAAGAAGGUCCACUUCAUUAAGAACAUGAGGCAGCAUGACACCCGCAACGGCAGGAUAGUCCUAAUCAGUGGCAGAAGAUCCUUCUGUAGUGUGUUUUCUGUCCUGCCCUAUCGAGACUGUAGCCAAACAGGGGAGACCAAAGUGGACGUAGGGCGUCAACGGCACCCCUCAGGAGGCGUCAGCGCCAAGGAGAUGGUGAUCGGGCUGGAGGGCGUGGAGCUCGGGGCAGAUGGGAAGACGGUGUCCUACACCCAGUUCCUGUAUCCCACGAACGCCCUGAGCUGCCGCAGGAACACCAUCGACUCCACCUCGUCCUUCUCACAGUCGCGCCACUCCAGCCACCGGAGCCUGAACCUGGCACGAGCCAACAGCACCCAGGGCAGCAUCGAUACAGGAAACGACAUGGGCGACUUCUUCGAAUACGACCCCAACCUGCUGGAUGACCCCCAGUGGCCGUGCGGGAAGCACAAGAGGGUCUUGAUCUUCCCCUCCUACAUGACCACGGUCAUAGAGUACGUCAAGCCGUCGGAUCUCAAGAAGGACAUGAACGAGACCUUCAAGGAGAAGUUCCCUCACAUCCGCCUGACGCUCAGCAAGAUCAGGAGCCUGAAGCGGGAGAUCCGCAAGCUGACCCAGGAGGACUGCGGCUACGAGGAGUCCACGGUGGCCAUGGCCUUCGUCUACUUCGAGAAGCUGGCGCUGCGGGGAAAGCUGAACAAGCAGAACCGCAAGCUGUGUGCCGGUGCCUGUGUGCUGCUGGCCGCCAAGAUCGGCAGCGACCUCAAGAAGCACGAGGUCAAGCAGCUCAUCGACAAACUGGAAGAGAAGUUCCGGCUGAAUCGUCGAGAGCUAAUCGCCUUCGAGUUCCCGGUUCUAGUGGCCCUGGAGUUCAACCUGCACUUACCGGAACAAGAGAUCAUGCCCCACUACAGACGUCUCCUGCAAAGCUCCUAGCGCUGGCUACCUGUCAGGAGAGCUGCAGCCGCCGUCGCUCUCCUGAUCCAUCGUGGAGGAACCUUUGUCUUGGGUGGCCUGGGCUGGAGCGAGCACCUCUAGAAGCUCCAUCCACUCCCGUUUGCUGGACCCAGAAACCCCUAGCUUCCCCAGAAAGCAGGGUCUAGGAGGUCCUGCCCUCUCAUCACAUUCAGUCUAGCAGAACGUCUGUCGCUUCUUCAGAAACACAACUUAAACACAAACCCAGGCUGACAAGCAGAAGAUUCAGAAGGGGAGAUGGUCUGUUUUCUCCCAAGCUAACCAGUCUCUAAUCAUCUCAGUGCUCUUCUAACUGCAGUGUUGCUAACGAUGUGUCUGAUUUCUAACAGGUAUGAGCAGAAGCUUAUACUUCCUAGAAAAUUCCUCACAGUGUCAAACUAGUGGAUCGUCUCCUCCCAGAGACUUAUUUUUUGGUCCCUGAUAUUUCAAUCGAGCUGGUAAUGGGAAGUUUGCGCAGAACUGAUUUCUUACGUUCGAGCUCCAAUAUUUUAACCUCUGGCAUGUUGGGGUGCCUUCAGAUUUUUUAUACAAAUGAAAGAAAUCCUGAAAUCAUUGUUCAGUGGCCUACAGAGACAAGACUGACCCUCUCUGAUUCUGUCCUCUUCAUUUUCCUUCCUGACUUUCACCAUCGUAAGUGCUCUUUUCUUUUGCAGGACUUUGGGAAGGAAUGCCAACUGUUGCCAUGCUAAUUGGGAGAUUCAUCUCACAUCUCCCAGCACUAGGAAGCUCUUUACGGCUGAGUUGUUCAGGAAUGAUGUUCCUGAACGUGCUGUUCUUCAUUGGCCUCAAGCAGCAGAUCUUGCGUGGAUUUUGUUGGUGCGACGGACACGUAAUUCACUGUAACACGCUGUCAUCAUUCCAGUUUCCGUACUAUGGGCCAACUGAGUUUUACACAGGAAAAUGAGGAGCUGAACAUGCAGUGUCAUCAAGCCCUGGAUUUUUUCCAUACGGUCUUUUUCCUGCUUACUACCCAUCUCAUAUGAAGAAGUGAGGAUUUGGGCCUUUUUAGUAUUGUUCCUUAAACCUCCCCCUCUCGUACUCUACGUUAGAGUGUUUUAUCAGCACGUUUACGGUGCUAUUUUGGAAGAGAAAAGCGAUAGUAAGGGUGUGUGGGUCAUGAUGAGGAUGUAGCCGCGUGUGGUCAUGUGACUCUGGUUGGGUACUGGAGUGCGAUGAUGUAAUGAACGGAAACUGUGCUUGGGAAUUAGCGAAUGUGUUGAGGUGACUGAAGAUCAAGCGAAACUGCCUACUUUCUGUGGGGCCUCUUUUCUCCCCCGUUUCUCCUGCUUUUUUGUAUCAGUUAUCGGAUAUUAAUUCAGUAUUAUCUUUUAGCUUUAAUUACGCCCCCCAAUUUAUUCCCUCUAUGAUACGCAGCGAGGGGGAAACUGAUGUAAAUACAGUGACCACAAAAUCGAUUUGUGGAUUUUCUGAUGUUUCUUUUUCCAUUUCUUUCUUUUGUUGUUUUUAAAUCCCUAAUUUCGGGAAUAGUUUCACCGGAUUCUCAAUCGGCUGCAUAUUCCACGUCUGAACCGGUUAACUGCUAUUCUCCAAUAUUUCUAUUUUUGUAUAAAGUUUAAAUAUUCAAACAUUUUCCAGUGUAAGAACACCAAAGACAAAAAAAACAAAAAGAAAUGGGUCCGUUUUCCUCGGAGAAAGUAGG